UGGGCUUUUUAAUUUCUCCGGGGGAAUGAGUGACGGUGGACAGAGACCUUUGGCGGCGCCUUCCGUAAGUUGCCUAGCCUGGCGAAGCUGGGAGCGGAGACCGUGGACUCGGCCCUACCUCUGCUUCCGAUUGGGAGGCAAAUAACGGAGGCGCCGCGUCUCCUUUAAUCGCGGUGGGCGGGUCGCCGGGACGCGACUCGCGUUGCUAUUGGCGGCGGUUAGGGGCGCGGAAACUAAACGCGCUGCAACGGUAGCCUCUGCCUCCUCCGGCUGCUCCGGCGCCUCGGGCGCCCCGGGCCCUGCCAUGGCCUCGCCCUACCCGGAGGACCCCUCGCUGGAGAGGCAUUUUAAGGGCCACCGAGAUGCAGUUACCUGUGUGGACUUCAGUCUCAACAUGAAGCACCUGGCCAGCGGCUCCAUGGACUCUUGCCUCAUGGUCUGGCACAUGAAGCCCCAGUCACGUGCCUACCGCUUUGCUGGCCACAAGGAUGCCGUCACCUGUGUGAACUUCUCCCCUUCGGGACACCUGCUUGCUUCAGGCUCCCGCGACAAGACUGUCCGAAUCUGGGUACCCAAUGUAAAAGGCGAGUCAACUGUGUUUCGUGCACACACGGCCACAGUGAGGAGCGUCCAUUUCUGCAGCGAUGGCCAGUCCCUCGUGACAGCCUCUGACGACAAGACAGUCAAGGUGUGGUCGACUCAUCGCCAGAAAUUCCUGUUCUCCCUGAGCCAACACAUCAACUGGGUCCGCUGUGCCAGGUUCUCCCCCGACGGGCGACUCAUCGUGUCUGCCAGUGAUGACAAGACUGUCAAGCUGUGGGACCAGACCAGCCGGGAGUGUGUGCAUUCGUACUGCGAGCACGGCGGCUUCGUCACCUACGUGGACUUCCACCCCAGCGGCACGUGCAUUGCUGCCGCCGGCAUGGACAACACAGUGAAGGUGUGGGACGUGCGGACUCACCGGCUCUUGCAGCAUUAUCAGCUGCACAGCGCAGCGGUGAACGCCCUCUCCUUUCACCCGUCGGGAAACUACCUGGUCACAGCCUCCAGUGACUCGACCCUGAAGAUCCUGGACCUCAUGGAGGGCCGGCUGCUCUACACGCUCCAUGGGCAUCAGGGUGCAGCCACCACUGUUGCCUUUUCAAGAACGGGGGAGUAUUUUGCUUCUGGAGGUUCUGAUGAACAGGUGAUGGUUUGGAGGAGUAACUUUGAUGUUGUGGAUUAUGGAGAAGUCACGAAAGUGCAGAGGCCCCCAGCCACGCUGGCCAGCUCCUCGGGGAAUGAGCCAGAGGUGGAUUUCCCCGUCCCAGCAGACAGAGACAGGACUCAGGAGUCAGUGCGGAGCCGGCCCCAGGAGCCCAUAAGCGUGCCCCAGACACUGACCAGCACGCUGGAGCACAUCGUGAGCCAGCUGGACGUCCUUACCCAGACAGUCUCCAUCCUGGAGCAGCGGUUGACACUGACAGAAGACAAGUUAAAGCAGUGCCUGGAGAACCAGCAGCUAAUCAUGCAGAGAACCGCGCCGUGAUCGGGGAGCAAGAAUCGGGAGCUCAGUCGGUUUUGGGGGGAUAGCAAGCCAGGGGUUUGUACUGUGGGACUCAGGUAAAUAAAUAAAAGGGAUUCCGCUCUGGGGGAAUCCCAUCCAUCCCCGAGCCCAGGGGUUAUGCUCCCUGCCCCCACCCUGCUGUGCGCACCUAGAGGGGCUCGGCCCAACGUGGGGGCCUGGUCGUCAGGCCCACACAUGCAAAGUGGGCCACGUUUAGUUUCGUGUGAAGGAGCCACUUGAAAAUGUUUGCUGCCUCGGAGUCCUAAGGAUCCCUGAGAUCACAGCGUCCCCCCUACCCCCGGAGGAGGUAGCCCCAAGCCACCUUGCUGGGGUCUGUCCUCCUUUGUGCCACGUGACUGCUUUCCCAGCCACCAUAGCCUAGGGACUGCUCCUAGAUGGAUGAGACAGGAGUUUCGCUAAAUCUGACAGAAGCCAUGGUGUGGGCCCAUUUGAGCCAGGUUCACCCAGGAACAUGCACUCUGGCUUUGCAGGGGUCUGGAUUCUGCUCCCCACAGGGCCUGGUGGCUUCCUCUGCGUGUGCGAAGGCAAAGGAGUCAGACAAUUAAA